AUGGUUAAUAUGGUGAGCUUCUCUCAUAAACAAAGAAGAUGGAUUGUUUUCUCGUAUUUGCUUUUUGUUUUUAUAGCUAUUCCUGUAUGGUGGAAAUUGACAGAAAUCUAUAGAGCAAAGCUACCACUUGUGCAGAUGGAUUACUGGUCAAAAGGCCAUAUGUGCAAUAUUCAAUUUGAUAUUCCUAUUGUUAUUGAAGUUUCUCAAGAAUUUAAUGAUCUAAAAGGGUUAAUUAAGAAAAUAAGGCAAAUAAUUGUUUCUAAACAACAAGAAAAUAUAAUAAAGUUACAUAUAAAAGAAAAAUAUUUAAAUAAAGAUGAAUCAUAUUAUACAGUUAAACUUCGUGAAAAUAAUGAGAUUUCGUCGGUUUCUCGGCAUAUUUAUUAUAAUAGAACACUUUAUAUUGAUUACAAUUUAAAAAUUACAUCAGAAUUACCAAAAAUUAUUUCAGAAGUUUUGUUAGAUAUAUUUUCAGUACAAGAAAAAUAUAUGAAAUUUCAUUUGGAAAAAAUCAAAGAUCAAAAUAGUUCAUCAAAACUGGAAGAUAUGGAUAUAAAAGUGGUAAAAUAUUCAUCAAGUUUUGAUAUCGUUUUCAGUCUUAUUAAUGGUGGUGAAAAAAAUGUAAUAUUGUUCUGGGAUAUUGAAAAAGCAAUAAAUUUAUACUUUGGGCCAUUAUUGAAACAGCUUUCGAUAUUUUCUAAAUUUUAUGUAGAAUCUCAGGUUCAAUUUUGUGCUGAAUUAACAUUUAGUCCACAAAAAUCAAAACGAAAUGAUGUUUUUGAAAUCCCAGCUGAUCGAUUUUCUGAGUUUGUCAAUUCUAUUGAAUGGAAUUUAGCUACGACACUUUCAUCGCAUAAAAUAAUCAAUUUUUUAGUUUAUGUUCCUCGAUAUGAUACUCAGCCUCUUUUUUUUAAAGAUUUUGAUGACCAUCUAAUUUCUAAUAAUUCUUUUUUAGUUCCACAAUGGGGAAGCAUUGUGAUUUAUAAUCAAGAACCCACCAAUGUUAAUCCAUAUUUAAACAUGACAAGUCUUCUGCCAAUUUUUUAUAUAUUUGUUUCGAAUUUUCUAUCUCUUCUUGGUGUACCUUCUUUACCUUCAUAUAUUCAUCAAGAGCCUUUGCCAAUUCUAAAUACCUGGAGACUUGAUGGUCUUUAUAGACAGCGCAUUGUUGAAAACAUGGUUUUUGCUUCUACGACACUAGGUAGCCUUUCUAGAUUAGUUCGACAAAUUUCAAACAUGGCUGUUCCUGAUCAAGUUCAGCAAGAUGUAUUCAAGACAAUAGAUCAUUUAAGAAAAGCAUGCCAGAAUUUGAAUGAUUUUAAUUCUUUUUCUGCUCUAAAAGAUGCCAGUGCUGCAACUAGUUUGGUUGAAAAAGCAUUUUUUGACCCAUCUAUGGUUAGUAUGCUUUAUUUUCCAGAUGAACAUAAAUAUGGUGUAUAUCUUCCUUUAUUUGGGCCGUUGUUUUUUCCAUUGAUUACUGCUUUGGUUCAAGAAAUUAAAGCUUUCUUUUAUUAUUGGCGAAAAAAGAGUAAAAAAAAGGAAUCUGACUCGGCGAUACAAGAUAAUUAUCCUGCAACGCAAGAUAAUCUUUCUGAAAUACAAGAUAACCUUCCUGCAAUACAAGAUAAACAACCGGUACAAAUAUCUAAUCAUUCUAUUCGAUACAGGUUAAGUGCACGUUUUUUAAACCUUUUUCCUCUUUAA